CCGGAAACCGGAUGGAGCGCUGGACCAGGCUAGGGUCAGAGAACAGGUUGAUGGAUCAAGCUGUUGUGUCAGUCUUGAGGUCCCAUCUGGGGGAAGAGGUUACUCUUGACCUGGGCAAGGGGUUGAGAGGGAGAAGAACCACGGUCCCUGCCUUGUGGGAGGCCCAGAUGUGAUGGAAACAUGCCCAGAGCCUGGCAAGCCCUCAGAAGUAAGCAGAGCGCAAAGUGGGCAGCUGAGCCUUGAGUGCACUCAGGAUGUAGAAGCGGAGAAGAGUCCAUCAGGAAAGUCUCUUUGGUAGAAGGUAGUUUAUCCUGCAUGGCUUGCAGGAUCUCAGUUCCCUGAUCAGGGAUUGAACCUGGUCCACGGCAGUGAAAGCCCGGAAUCCUAACCGCUAAGCCACCAGGGAACUCCCAGAAGGUAAUUUUAAACAGGAUUGAAAAAAGAUGGGAUGGACACAGCUGAGGAGAUGUUUGUUGACUGCCUAAUAAAAACUAGGACCUUGGUGAUAUGGAGGAAAGUUAAACAGGGCCUCCUCUCUGAUCUGCCUCAAGUCUCCCCCUUGUGGGAGGCAAGGUGUGAAUUCAUGUAGAAGCCACUAACCAUGGUGAGGUUUAAUGGUUAGCCAUCACCAACCAUCAGAACCACUUGAGGAAGCUUGUUUAAAAUACAGAUUCCCAGGCCUCACACCGGACCUACUUGGGUUGGGUGGGGCUGGGAAGCUACAGCAAAUGCUGCAGCGUCCUGAAGAGGGAUGGCUUUACCAAAGAGCUGCAUCUGGAAGGGGAGGUAUGAUUUGGAUGUGUGGAGGGGUGGGGGAAUCACAGUCCUGCUUCACUCAAGGAGUCAAUGAAAAAUUGGAUUUGUAGAAACAGCACAGGCAAGGUUUGGGGAGUUGGGGUAGGAAAGGCAUUUUGAAAGUGAAUGGAACGGUCAGGUUGGACAGCUCGGUUUGCAUGGGAGUGGUGAGGAGGAAGAUGGAAGGAAUGGCCUUUGUGGAUUACAAAUCUCUCUGGGGUGUUCCCUCUGCCUCCUCCCCCUGCUUCCCUCUUCUUGUCCUCUCUCCUUCCCCCCUUGCCUCCCCCGGCCUCCCUUUACACAUAAAAUAUCUCAUUCCAUUUCUUAUAUCCAUAUUUUUAAGUGGAUAUUGGUUUUUUUAGAUGAGGAGACCUGAGGCUCUGGCCAUGGUUACAUAGCUCGUUGGAGUCUAGUCUGAGUCUGGUAAUCGUCUCACUCACCACUGAGGAUUCUUGAAUGUGGGCGAGAAGCUGGGCUGGGGUGGAGGCUGUAGUAGUAGCAGGGUGGCUGGUUCUGCUGUCUAAGGCAAGAUGGGUGUGGGUGGUGAGGAGCACAGCCUUGAGUCAGAUGGUUUGGGUUCACAUUCCAGCUUCAUUACUUGCUAAGUGCGUGACUCUGGGCAAGUGGCUUGAUCUCGCUAAGCCUCAGUUUUCUCACCUGUCACAUGGGAGCAGUAAUACCCACCUCGUAGGGUUGUUGUAGGCAUCGGUGAGGGGCACCUGGCACAGAGCAGUUGCUCAGCACCUGGAAGCUAUGCUAAUCGGCUCUGUAAGUAGUCUGUGGGCUGUAGCUGUGCACCUGCAUCGCAUCCUUCAGCAUGUUGGUUUCCAGAACACAGCCCAACCUAGCUAGGCUUGUUUUAUUAAGGAUGACAGUAAAGGUGCUGACAGUUUGCCACCUAAAUAUUCUUUGAAAACCUAGGCAUGACCUAGGAACUGGUGACUCAAAACCUAUGCCUGAUGGAAAGGAGGUUUGGAGUGGGGGGUGACUGGUGGGUAUGGGUCAUGCCCACCAGGUGAUAUGUGAAGAGGAAGGACACUUGAAUCCACGAGAGGAAGGGCCCUUCAUUACCGGGAACUGAGAUGAGUGAGGGCCUGCCUGGAGCUUGAGGGGUGACUAACACAGUCUCUUCUGAGCCCAGGAAACGGUAGUAGGGGCCCUGGCCAGCCUGGAUCUCUCCUACUCCAUGGCUGGGGCUUUUGGGGCCUCUGUCCGUCUCUUUUCCAGGUGACAGUGGCAUGGCUGUGCCCCAGGCUUUCCUGUCGGGGCCCCUCCACCAGCCUGCAGGCACCCUGAUGGAGCCCCAUCCCUCCCCUCGAAGCUUGGCCGAGGGCUUCCUGGAGGAGGAGCUUCGGCUUAAUGAUGAGCUGAAGCAAUUGCAGUUUUCUGAGCCUGUGGGCGUCAUCUACAAUCCUGUGGAGUAUGCGUGGGAGCCACAUCGCAGCUACGUGACCCGCUACUGCUGGGGCCCCAAGCAAGUGCUCUUCUUGGGCAUGAACCCAGGACCCUUUGGCAUGGCCCAGACUGGGGUGCCUUUUGGGGAAGUGAGUAUAGUCCGGGACUGGUUGGGCAUUGGGGGGCCUGUGCAGACCCCUCCACAAGAGCACCCCAAGCGACCAGUGCUGGGACUGGAGUGCCCUCAGUCUGAGGUGAGUGGUGCCCGGUUCUGGGGCUUUUUCCGGAACUUGUGUGGACAGCCCGAGGUCUUCUUCCGUCACUGUUUCGUCCACAACCUGUGUCCUCUGCUCCUCCUGGCUCCCAGCGGGCGCAACCUCACCCCCGCCGAGCUGCCGGCCAAGCAGCGAGAACAGCUCCUCGGGGUCUGUGACGCGGCGCUGUGCCGGCAGGUGCAGCUGCUGGGGGCGCGGCUGGUGGUGGGCGUGGGCCGCCUGGCCGAGCAGCGGGCUCGGCGGGCGCUGGCCAGCCUGAUGCCCGAGGUCCAGGUGGAGGGGCUCCUGCACCCCUCCCCUCGCAGCCCGCAGGCCAACAAGGGCUGGGAGGCGCUGGCCAAGGAGAGACUGAAUGAGCUGGGGCUGCUGCCUCUGUUAACGAAGUGAGCGCCCCGCAGCCGGCACAGGACGCAUUCAAGGCCCCGGGUCCUUCUGGGCAAGCAGACGACCGUGCACCUCCUGGACGGGAGCGACGAGGUCCCCCUCGGCUCCCUGGUUGCUGGGACCUGCCGUGGCAGUGUCGACACUGCUCCCGCUUGCCCUCCCGGUUCCUGCACGCUUCACCUUCCUUUGAGCAUUGCCUCUGGUCUGUGGACCCAACUCCGCAGAGAGCCAGCACCUGCAAACUACUCUACCCCACUGUUUCCCUGAAGCCUCUCUUCAGCGGAGAGGGACCUGAACAGUGACUUGAGGUCAUAUUUGCUGUUUUAGAGGAAAGAUCCUGCCAGGAUCCGCACCCGCCCUCCUAGAACGGCUUCCUUCAGCUCACCCCUUUCCUCACAGGGACCAGGACAAAGCAUGGGUCAUGGCCGCUAAGAGUGACCUUCUGAUGGGAGACUGAGGCUGGGUCAGAGAGAGGGCAUUCAGUGUGGCAGCAUGGGGAAGGCCAGAAGACCAGGAUUCCCAUCCCAGCUUUGAGACUUGUGAACUUCACGACGUCGGACACGUUGAUUGACCUCUCCAAGCCUCAGGAUCCUCAUCUAUAAAAUGGGGUCCCUACCUCAUGGGGCUGGUGUGAGGAUUAACUGAGAUAACACUUAGAAGUGCCUUGCGCAGUGCCUGGUGCCUGGGUGCUCGUUACAGCUUUUCUAGUUUUCUCGCCCCUGGGGUUGGGGAGGCACGACACUACGCGACACAGGAAGCCCCUCGGUGCCAAAGACCGGGGUGAGGGUGGCGUUCUGGGCCUCCACGUGUAGCCUGAGCGAGGGGCAGAUGCUUGCCCCGCCAGAGGGGGACCAGUGACUUUAUGAAAAACCCAGCCUGUGAUUUUUCGAUCUAAGCAUUAAAAGCUCCUAAACCGUU